UGCUGGCCAGCGGAGAGACAGAUUAUACGGCUCUACACAACUGUUGUUUUAAUCCCCUGGGCGAGGAGAUUUAAGAAAAAAAACACUGGUUUUAAACCCAGCAGCCAUAUUGUAUGGAAAAACGGCGGAAAGACUCUGCUUUUCUGAAAAAAAUCGUUUGUUCACAAAACCUCUGCCAAAGACUUGUAGGGAGUUUUUAAUUGUUUUGCUUACUGGCGCGGUGGGUUUCUGUCGGACAACUAGUUUGCCAGCUGGUUGAGGAAUCCUGAGAUCGGGACUAGUUUUUGAGCCAUUUUACACAAUAGUGUGGUCAUCUCUUUGGUUUAAAGGUGUUAAAGUAACCGUGUGAACCAUGAAGGACCGAUUGGAGCAACUUAAAGCGACGUGUGAUCAAGAUGAUGACGAGGUGGAGAUUGCUGUGGACAACGCAGCCUUCAUGGACGAAUUCUUCUGUCAGAUUGAGGACAUCAGGAACAGUAUUGAUAAAAUUGACGAGAAUGUGGCUGAAGUCAAAAAGCUUUUCUCCGUCAUCCUGUCUGCGCCCACAUCAGAUCAAAAAACACAGGAUGACUUGGAGGCAAUCACCAAUGACAUAAAGAAGAUGGCUAACAAUGCAAGAAACAAACUCAAGACCAUCGAGAGGAAUCUGGAGUCAGAGGAGCAGGAGAGGGUGUCGGCUGACAUACGGAUACGUAAAUCACAGCAUGCAGUCCUGUCCAGGAAGUUUGUGGAGGUAAUGACAAAGUAUAAUGAAGCUCAGGUGGACUUCAGGGAGAGGAGUAAAGGACGUAUUCAGAGACAACUAGAGAUCACUGGAAAAGCAACAACAGCUGAUGAACUGGAAGAGAUGUUGGAGAGUGGCAAUGCUGCUGUGUUUACUGCAGGGAUUGUGGACGCUGGGGUCUCUAAACAAGCUCUGAGUGAGAUUGAAGCCAGACACAAAGACAUUGUCCGUCUGGAAAGUAGCAUCAAGGAGCUGCACGAUAUGUUUGUAGACAUCGCGAUGCUGGUGGAGAGCCAGGGUGACAUAGUUGACAACAUAGAGCAGAAUGUAUCCAAGUCAGAGGACCAUAUAACAGUGGCUAAGGAACAGACCAAAAAAGCUAUAAGGCAUCAGACCAAAGCACGCAAGAAAAUGGUGAUAAUAGUGGUGGUUGUGGUGGUCUUGCUGGGCUUACUAGCUCUCAUAAUCGGGUUGUCUGUUGGAUUGAAGUAAAGCUGAUGAGCUAUUUGAAUAAGAGGAGCGCUGAGGAAGAUGAUCAUACUUGUGGUAGUCUGUGCUGUGGAUGUUCUCAUCUUUUUCAUCGUCAUCCUCCCCCAGACACGAUCACAGGACUGCUGUUUUUAUCAUCAGUUAUUAAUCAUCCCCUCCAUCCUCCGUCAGCUGGCCCGCCAAAUAAAAAACUGAUACUGAUGGCUCCACUUGCACAACAAAAAAACCCUUGAAGAACAAGUGUUACAUUUGAUCUCUGGAUCAAAAAGAAGACCUUCGAGACUUGGGAUAUUAUAAAAACUUGUUAUCCAAUCAGAACCGUCCUUCCUGGUCUGUUAGGGUUUGUUUGAGUCCCUCAGGAGGCUUGGACAGUUUGAGGAUGCUCUGCUGCAAAUGAGGAAAUAAGACUGCAAGCUAACAAUGCGUGGAGGGGAAGCGAGAAUUGAGAAAUAACUGAUCAUAACGUCACUCCAGUGUCGAUUAACAUUUCAUUGUGUAACAUUCGAUGCCAAAGAAUCAGCCUGGAAGUGUUGAGUGAAAUAGAUUUUAAUGUCCAGUAAGUGGGACCCUUGUGAAGCCUUGUAGAAGCACGUCACCUUCCUCAUCAUAAUUCUUGCCUUUUUAUGAGCCUUGACACAUUCUGUGAUUGAAACGCUAGCUACUGUAUAUUCACUGUAUUUUGGAUUGUGUUGGUUUAGGGAAGUUUUAGCACUUUGACAUUUCAAAAUAGGUCUUUUAUUUCUGAGAUUGAGCUCUGAUGAUCUUAAUGAAUUAUUAUUAUUUUGUGUGUCGUUGGUAUCCAGUCCUGAAUAGGUCUCGGUUCUUUUAACUUGAAGAGGAUCGGUGUGCUCACUUAUGAUUCUUCAGUUUGUAGAGCCCAGUGGUUCUGAUUUUCAAUAUGAAGGAGGUCCUCGUGGAAACACGUUUCAAACACAGGUGGAGCUUAGAUGAGCAAAGAAAGAAGCAAACAAGCUAUUAACAUGCAUCCAUUGCAUUAGGGCUUGUCUAAAUACUGCAACAACUUGGAGAAAUGUCUGAAUAUUUGUUUUGUAUCUUUGCUAACUUGUGACAAAUGCCAUCUUGAACUUCUACACUUAAAGACAUGAUUGACUCCAUUGUUAAAACGCUGUAAAAACAUAAUGUCUUAAUGCUAAAAGAGAGACUGUAGUAACACUAGCUAUUUCAAUCUCAGUGCCAGAAUAGUCCAAUAAGUAAGUAAUAGUAAUAUAUUUAUGAUAUAUAUAAGUAAGUCACACAUACAGGAUGGAGUGUGAAAGGACAUUUUAACUAACCUACAGUAAGAUCUCCCUGACUGGUGGGUCUUUACUAGUGCAAUAUGCAUUUCCUGGCAUAUUUUAGAUCUCAUUAUAUUCCUGCUGUACAUGUAUACCUCAGUUGCCAGUUUAUUGGGUACAACUAUCUGAAACCGAUGCACCAAUACAGAAGCCCUGCAAUAAAUCCUGUUGUCGUGAAGGUUCUAAUGUUCAGUUUUUGUUUAAAGAGCUGUAGAGGUCUGUUGGUUAAACAUUAUGGACCUUAUGCCUGUAAAUUUUUCAGUUUAAGAGAUCACAAUUCAACAGCACCGCCAAGUACAGCCUCCAAAAAGGCAGUUGAGAUGAAUCAACACCUAUCUAAAACAGUGUCAACAAGAACUGCACUUAAGGCAAUGUUUAAAGUACAUCAAUUUAUUGAUUUUAUCUAUCCUUAACAAAGUCUGAUAUGUUGUGUGAUACACCAAACCAAAUACAAAAAGGAUUUAUUGCAGGGGUGUUCUAUUGGGCUGAAUUAGUUUUGGUGUGCCUAAUAAAUUGGCUUUAAUUCUGUUUGGUCACCAUUAUUUCAGCAGGUCUUUUUUUUUUUUUUUUUUAAUUGUGUCAAACUGAGAGGUUAUUGAACCACAAUGCACAUGUUGUCACCUAGAGGCUUUAAUUUGGCAGUUAAAGGUGACGCCAGCUGUGCAUACAAAGACUGUAUCAGAGACAUUGCUUCCCAUCAUUUAGAGACGGUGUUCACCGCAUGUAGGAGUUUUGUAGUGUCUUUAAAACGUCCAGUGCGUUGUGAGGGCUGCCCUCACUGAGGGAAGUCUUUGUUUCUGUUAGACCAGAGCAUGAAUGGUUCCUUUUAUUUCUGGUUGAGCAGGGAGCUCUUGAAAGUGAGAGCCCUUCUCAGCUUGGUCCUUUGACCGCACACUGUUCUUCAUCCAUCAACUGUUCAAUCCUAAUGCUUCUAUUCAAGCCUUUUUUUCUUCACACACCACCAAGGGACGGAGGAGAAACUGGAGAAGUUGUACACUGUAUAAAAUGAAGGUUCCACAGAUUUUAUUGAAAAUUAAAGAUUUUAUGUUUUUUAAUGACUUGGUUGACUAGAGUGUUUACUUGCGACCUCGUGCCGAAGGUAAAAGAGUAACUGAAUUGUUACAAUUUCUGAUGACUGCAUGUUAUGGAAGAGCUGUGUGUGCGUGUGUGUGUGUGUGUGUGUGGGAUGGUUGUAGCUGUUGUCAGCAGAUUGUUGACACAGCAUGUUAACCAAUGUGUUGCAAAGUACAGUUUUUAAAGCCUGGUGCACAAGUUUCAAAGAGGAGGUAAGUUUUUCACCUUUCCUAUCUCUUUUUAUAUAUACACACACACACUGAUCUCUGUGACCCUUUAUUCUCCUUUUGAUCAAUCACUUCCUGAAAUCAGUGUGUCUCCAUUCAUGUGAAUAAUUGUAUUGUGUUAGAUACUGUCUGACUGUUUUUUAUUUUUCAUUAAAUCAACAGAAAAAGAUGAUGAUUACAUUGUGCUGUGCCAUCAUUGGAAUCGUUGUAUUCUCCUAUCUCUACAGCUUCUUCUCAUAGAAGGUUUGACACAGGUAAAACACCUGCAUCGGCCUUCAAAACUAUGUAUUCACUUCUUUCACACUGAAUGUUAAACAAGGUCUUUUGUUUUGUCUUUGUGUAGUGUUUCCAUGGAAGAGUGAGUCAAGAAAAAGAAAAUGUCCUGAGGCACUUCCCUAUGUUUACCCUGAAUCUAUUUUAAAAUCUAAAAGUAUGAAAAAAGGAACUAUACCAGCCCUGUGCACUUACCCUUUAGUUAAUCAUUUGAAUUAUUUUCUUGCUGUAUGAACUGUUUGAAAACGUGUUAUAAAUGUGUAGAUUUUUCUCAGUCUGCCUGUUCAUCACUAGAUGGCUCAACAUGACACUUAAAAUAUUUUUUGGACCAUUCUGGUCGGCUGUAGUCUACCGCCUCCUGGUGGUGCUUAGAGAGGAUAAUCAUCUUUCUUUACUGUCAGGAAAUUAUUUAUAAGGAUUAAUUUAAAAAAGAAAUGCAUGAAGAUGAUUUUUUUUUUAAUCGGUCAUUUGCUCCAAAAGUCUAGCAUGCUCACACACACAAUUAUGCUCUGGUCAAAAAUAUCCAAUUAAGUAGUAUUUUCUGGCGUAUUGUGUUGUUAUAAUUUGAAUAAAUUAUGUGUGCAGUU